UAGGAAUUGUUCUUUUACGUGAACUGUCUGGCUAUUAUGCCGAGCAGAACAUGAGAGCUCUCUUAGAAGCUCGUUUUAAAAAUUCUACAAAAGAGGAGACAAAAAAGAUACAACAUGAACUCCAGGAGAAGGAAAAAUUAAUUAAACAUUUGCAAACCCAGCUUCACCGGGCACAAUCAGAACAAGCCAUGAAGUUGGGUUAGAGUUUGGCAGAGAUGGAGGAGUUUGUCCUGAUGAAGCAGCAGCUUCAAGACAAGGAGGAACUCAUUAGCACUUUGCGGACUCAGCUCAGCCAGACACAGGCAGAUUCCACGCAGCAGGUGGUCCGGGAGAAAGACGCCCGCUUUGAAACCCAGGUCCGCCUCCAUGAAGAUGAGCUGCUUCCGUUAGUGACCCAGGCAGAUGUACAGACAGAGAUGCUGUAGAAACUGAGGAUGAUGCAAAAAACACUGGAGGAUCAUGAAGAAGCCUUGUUGGGCCAUGCUCAGGCUGUAGACUUGCAGCAGCAGGAGCUGACUUUGGCCGAACAGAGAAACCAGAUUAAGGCCCAGCUGAAAGAAAUGGAGGUUGAGAAAGAAGAGCUGGAAAUGAAAAUUAGUUCCAUAACAAGUCACCUGACCCAACAAUCAAAAGAAGUCUUUCUUUUACAAGAGCAGAUAUGUAAACUGGGAUUAGAAAACCAGCAGUUGAGGGCAGCCUCCCAUGAAGCCGAGGCCCACGCGGAAAGCCUGCAGCAGGAAUUGGAAAACAGCCAGCUCAAACUUGCUGGCCUGGAACAUCUGCAAGCAUUGCAGCCUGAACUAGAUGAACUGCAAAAGCACCUGCAGCAGAAGGAAGAAGAGGUCAGCUACCUGUCUGGACAGCUGAGUGAGAGAGAACAGACCCUCACCAAAAUCCAGGCAGAGAUGAUGGAACAGGAGCAUUCGAUCAGGGCCCUGCACACACAGCUGGAGAUGCAGGCUAAGGAGCAUGAGGAGAGGCUGAAGCAGGUACAGGUGGAACUUCGUGAGCUGAAGCAGAGAUCAGAAGAGGGCGAGGAAGAAGCUAAGGCAAAGCAGAAGAUGAAGAGGACACUGCAGGCGGCUCUCAUCUCCCGAAAGAAUCUGCAAGGAGAAUUGUCUUCAGCUAGAGAUGCCGUGGCACACCUGACCAAGUCCCUCACAGAUGUGGAAACCCAGGUUUCUGUCCAAAAGGAAGAGAAAGACGCAGCCCUGGGAAAGUUAGCCCUUCUUCAGGAAGAAAGAGACAACCUCAUUGCCGACAUGGACAAAUCUUUACUAGAAAACCAGAGCCUCCGUGGCUCUUGUGAAAGCCUGAAACUAGCUCUGGAGGGACUUACCAAAGAAAAGAAAAAACUGAUACAGGACCUUGAAUCUCUGAGACGCUCCAACAUUGCAGAGAGCGCCAAAUGGCAAGAGAAGCACAGGGAGCUGCAGAAGGAGUAUGAAGUUCUUCUGCAGUCCUACAAGAAUGCGAGCAAUGAAGUGGAGAGGAUUCAGCACGUGGUGGUACAUGUGCAGCAAGAGAAGCAAGAACUGCACGGGAAGUUAUGGAGCACAGAGACGGACAAAAGAGAGAUGGAAAAGCAGCUGCAGAGGGACUGCAUUAGGUACCAGGAGAGGAUCAGCACUCUGGAGAAGACGGUUAAGGCCUUAGAGCUUUUUCAGACUGAAUCCCAAAAGGAUCUGGAAGUGACCAAAGGAAAUCUGGUGCAAGCAGCUGAACACCGUGAAAAGGCACAAGAGGAACUAUCUAGCUUCAAGGUGCUGCUAGAUGACACGCAAAGCGAAGCCGCAAGAGUGCAAGCCGACAACCUCCGACUGAAAAAGGAACUUCAGUCAAACAAAGAAGUCGUCAGAAUCCAGAUGAAACAGAAAGAUGAAGAUCUGGUGCGAAGACUGGAGCAAGCGGAAGAAAAACACCUGGACGAGAAGAAGAACAUGCAAGAGAAACUGGAUGCUUUGCACGGAGAAAAGGUCCGCAUGGAAGACACGCUUGCAGAGAUCCAGGUCACCCUGUCCCAGAAAGACAAAGCAAUGAAACAGCUGCAGGAGAGCCUGGCCAGCACUGUGGCUCAGCUCGCAGCCUUUUCUAAGAGCAUGUCAUCCCUCCAGGAUGACCGUCACAGGGUGAUCGAGAAAGCCAAGAUAUGGCAGCAGAAGUUUGGCUAUGACCUUCAAAGGAAAGAGGAGAUCAGACUAAGUUUGCUGAAUGAACUGAACACCCUGCAGCAGCAGUACUUACUGAGGAAUCAGGAGGUCACUGAGCUACGGCCACUGAAGGCUCAGCUCCAGGAGUAUCUAGAGCAGACAGAAACCGUGCAGGUGAUGGAGGAACUUAGGCGGGAAAGCCUGGCCUGGCAGCAUGAGCUACAUCAGCUCAGAAUGGAAAAGAACACCUGAGAACUUCGUGAGAAGCAGAUGAAGGAGCAGUCCAUUAUGGCCAUCGCAGACAAAGAUCAGCAGCUCAGGCAUCUGCAGAGUCUCCUGAGGUCUUCCUCCCAAACCCAGAGUCUCUCUGCACAGUACCAGAGACAGGCAUCCCCAGAAACAUCAGUCUCCAUCGAUGGGUCACAAAACCUUGUUUAUGAGACAGAACUUCUCAGGGAUCAGCUUAAUAACAGCUUAAAGGGGGGAGGGGAAAUUCACCAGAAGGAAUUAAGAAUUGAGCAGUUGAACAGCAAGCUCUCUCAGCUGCUGGAGGAGGAGAAGACCCUCUCCGUCCAGCUCAGCGACACCAGCCAGAGUCUCCACAAGAGCCAGCAAUACUCUAGUGACCUCUUCAAGCACUGUGCUGUGCUGGAGAAGCAGGGGCAGGAGCUGCGGGCAGGGCCACCAAAUGUAGCUAUUCCAGGAGCGCCCCAGGAAAUGAAUCCAAAGAGAGAGAGGAAUCCGGAGACCACAGGGGAGCCACAGCCAAGAUUGUCUGAAGUCCAGCAGCAGCUCGGCACCACUGACCAAGAAAUGAAUGCGUUAAGGAGGCUGCUGAAAGAAGAGAGAGAGCAAAGACUGGCCAUUGAGAACGCACUCUCCUUGGCCAAGGAGCAGAUCAGACGGCUGGGGCAGAGUCAACGGGUUCCGGCCCGGAGUCCUACCACUGGUGCCUGUGGCACUCAGGAGACGUCAGUCCGGAUAGACAUCCCGAGCAGCAGCUGCCCAAGGACCCGGAGUGGCGCUGGGAAGCGGGUUCUGCGUUCACUCUGCCGUUUCCAGUCCCGAGUGCCACUACUGGCAACCAUAUACUUCCUGACAAUUCAUGUCCUCCUCAUCCUGUGUUUCACAGGUCAUCUAUAAAGUUCUCCUUCAACCACAGCUCUCAG